AUGCCCAAACAAGUGGAAGUGCGGAUGGAUGAGUGCAACCUGGCUCCCAAGAAACUUAACAGCAAUCUUCCAUUGUGGAAGCGGCUGGGAAAGAGUCUGAGGAAGAACCUACUGCUGACCCUCACAGUGUUUGGAGUGAUACUUGGAGCAUUGUGUGGAGGAUUGCUCCGAUAUGCAUCUCCCAUCCAUCCCAAUAUUGUCAUGAUCAUAUCGUUUCCAGGUGAUAUCCUCAUGAGGAUGUUGAAGAUGCUGAUUCUCCCUUUGAUCAUCUCCAGUUUAAUCACAGGCCUGUCUGGACUCGAUGCUAAGUCCAGUGGACGCCUGGGAACCAGAGCCAUGGUGUACUACAUGUCUACCACCAUCAUUGCUGCAGUGCUCGGUGUGAUCCUGGUGCUCGCCAUUCACCCUGGAAACCCGGCACUGAAGAAGCAGCUGGGAGAAGGGAAGAAGAAUGAUGAGGUGUCAAGUCUGGAUGCCUUUCUGGAUCUCAUCCGAAAUCUCUUUCCUGAAAACUUGGUGCAAGCUUGUUUUCAGCAGAUACAAACGGUUACCAAGAGAGUAGAGAAUCCUCCUGAGGAUAAAAGCAUUUCGAACCUCACUGGGCUCAUGCUGGAAGAGGUGAAUGAAACACUGGCAGAGUCAGAGGGACCCAGUUUCACUGUGACAAAAACCUUGCAGUUCAAGGAUGGGAUGAAUGUGUUGGGUUUGAUUGGAUUUUUCAUUGCCUUUGGGAUCGCAAUGGGGAAAAUGGGGGAGAAGGCAAAGUUGAUGGUGGAUUUCUUCAGCAUCCUCAAUGAGAUUGUUAUGAAGUUGGUGAUAAUGAUUAUGUGGUACUCUCCCUUCGGUAUUGCCUGUCUAAUUUGUGGAAAGAUUUUGGCCAUUAAAGACUUGGAAGUCGUUGCUAGGCAACUGGGCAUGUACAUGGUGACAGUAAUCACUGGGCUCAUCAUCCAUGGAGGGAUCAUCUUGCCACUGAUGUAUUUUGUGAUAACCAGGAAAAAUCCGUUCUCAUUCUUAGCAGGGAUCUUCCAGGCCUGGAUCACUGCUUUAGGAACUGCAUCAAGUGCUGGGACGCUGCCAGUCACAUUCCGCUGCCUGGAGGAAAAUCUGGGAAUUGACAAGCGAGUGACCCGAUUUGUUCUUCCUGUUGGAGCGACCAUCAACAUGGAUGGAACAGCUCUCUACGAGGCUGUGGCUGCCAUAUUUAUUGCACAGAUGAACAAUGUUCAGUUGGAUGCUGGACAGAUAGUCACAGUGAGUUUGACAGCAACCCUGGCCAGCGUUGGAGCUGCAAGUAUACCGAGUGCAGGCCUGGUCACCAUGCUGCUGAUUCUCACCGCUGUUGGCCUUCCCACACAAGACAUCAGUCUCCUUGUUGCUGUUGAUUGGCUCCUAGACCGGAUGAGGACCUCUGUGAACGUGGUUGGUGACUCAUUUGGAGCUGGUAUUGUCUUCCACCUGUCGGAGGAGGAACUGGCAAACCUUGAUGCCCAGCACACCCAGGUUGAUGAUGAGAAGUUGAUCAAAACUGCCUUGAUGCACGAUGGCACAAACACCUUCCAGGAGAAUAAUUCAAACCCAAGUAAUUACUCAGGCAACAACUCAGUGCAAGUGGAAGAUGGCAAGGUACAUUUCACAUAUACCGAUAUCGAGACCUGCAUUUAA